UUCCCCCUCUCCUGCGUUGUCCAGAGCUACUCCUGGGGGAAGGUGGGGCUGGAGAGCGAGGUGGCCAAGCUCCUGGCCAGCAGUGACCCCCUGGUCCAGAUCCAGCCCGACCGACCCUACGCAGAGCUCUGGAUGGGUGCGCACCCCCGGGGCGAUGCCAUCAUCCGGGAUAACCGCAUCCCCCAAAAGACCCUGGGCCAGUGGAUCGCUGACAACCCCGCCUGCGUCCCCGAGCUGCGGGCACUGAUUGGGGAGGUGGCGGUGGAGCAGCUGGAACGCAGCGGGAGUGACGACCCCCGCGGCGUCUCGGCCGCCCUCCGCGUCUGCUUCACCCGCCUGAUGAAAAGCGAGAAGAAGUUCUUCAUCGACCAGCUGAACAUGCUGGUGAAGAGGAUUUCACAGGAAGGUGGGUCCUCNAAGCACACAUCGGGCAGCAAUGGGGACGUGCUGCUGCGGCUGCACUCCCAGUACCCGGGGGACAUCGGCUGCUUCACCAUUUAUUUCCUCAAUCUGGUGAGGUUGGAGCCGGGGGAGGCCAUGUUCCUGGGAGCCAACGAGCCCCAUGCCUACCUGCACGGAGACUGCGUGGAGUGCAUGGCAUGCUCAGAUAACACGGUGCGUGCUGGGCUCACCCCCAAAUUCAUCGAUGUCCUCACCUUGUGCGAGAUGCUCAACUACACACCGGCACCCAGCAGCUCCAAGAUCUUCCCGGCUGCACAGAGCCAGCUCGACCCCAGCAUCUACCUCUACGAUCCGCCCGUGCCAGACUUUGCCAUCAUGAGGAUAGAGAUCCUCCCCUCCAUCAAGCUGUACCUCAUCUCUGCCAUGGACUCUGCCAGCAUCUUGCUGGUGAUCCAAGGGACAGCCGUGGGCACCUCCACAGCUGCAGCCUCCGAAAUGACUCUGCGCCGUGGUUCCGUGCUCUUUAUCUCCGCUAACGAGAGCAUCUCUCUCCACCUCUCCUCACCGGAUUUCCGAGCCUGCUGUCUCCUCUGA